UGGGAGGGUUUCCGGGCCCUGGCGAUCCUGACCUGGUGCGGAAGGGCAGCGGGGGCGUGCAGCCCAAAGCGCCCCUUCCCCCUUUUUUACCCUCCAGGCUGGCCGCAGGUGCCUUCCCUGUAGGUCAUGAAGGUGGUCUGAGGCUGACAUCCUUCCGCAGGUUGGGAAUGAUUGUACAGCCAGUUCCUCAUUAUAAGGGAAGGGGUUAAGGACACACCUUUGGAAGACGUGCAAACUACUCUAGCUUUACGAGAUGGCCCAGGACACUGAAGAACCGGUGACCGCUCUCUAAGGUGGCGGUAUUACUGAACAGCUGAAAAGAAUCUUCAUAAACCGUUGUGUCUAGGAGGGCAUACUUGCCGUCCUCAUUAAAGAAUUCCAUGAGGAUGCCUUUCCUGUGCCAGCUGCUCUAGAGGAAUCACACAGGCCACAGUGCUGGGGGCCGGCUGUCCCCUCAGCAGCACUGUCUCUGAUUUCCUACAGGAACUGCUGCCAUGUCUCACCAACCAGUUAGCUGCCUGACUGAAAAGGGGGACAGCCCCAACGAAACCACAGGAAAUGGACCCCCCAGUCUGGCUCACCCGAACCUGGACACGUUCACCCCGCAUGAGCUGCUGCAGCAGAUGAGAGAGCUUCUAAUUGAGAACCAUCAGCUGAAAGAAGCCAUGAAGCUGAACAAUCAAGCUAUGAAAGGGCGAUUUGAGGAGCUUUCAGCCUGGACAGAAAAGCAGAAGGAAGAACGCCUUUUUUUUGAGACCCAGAGCAAAGAAGCCAAAGAGCGCCUAACGGCACUGAGUCUUGAAAAUGAAAAACUGAAGCAGGACCUCGGAAAACUAAAAGGGAAAACUGAAAGGUCAUUCGGGGUCCCCAAGGCAGAAGCAGAACAGGAAGUGGAACAGCUGAAGACCCAGGUGGCACGCCUUCAAGCUGAAAAGGUCGAUCUGCUGGGCAUCGUGUCUGAAUUACAACUCAAGCUGAACUCAGGUGGCCCCUCCGAAGACUCCUUUGUUGAAAUCAGGAUGGCCGAGGGAGAAGCAGCUGUGGCAACGAAAGAAAUCAAGCCAAGUCCUGGGCCCACGAGAACUGAUUCCAUUGACACGAGCAAAUCUGCAGAAGGUGCCAGGAAUUAUUUGGAAUUUGAGGAAUUAACUGUGAGCCAGCUCCUGCUUUGUCUAAGGGAAGGAAACCAGAAGGUGGAGAGACUUGAACUUGCCCUCAAGGAAGCCAAAGAAAGAAUUUCUGAUUUUGAAAAGAAAGCGAAGGAUCAUUGUGAGAUUGAGACCCAGACAGAGGGGCGCACAGAACAAGAGAAAGAAGAGGAGAAAGGCACGGAAACUGUUGGAAGUGAAGUGGAAACGUUGAACCUUCAGGUGACAACCCUGUUUAAGGAGCUUCAGGAGGCUCACACGAAACUCAGUGAGGCUGACCUGAUGAAGAAGAGACUUCAGGAAAAAUGUCAGGCCCUUGAAAGGAAAAAUUCUCCAAACCCAUCAGAGCUGAAUGAAAAGCAAGAGCUUGUUUAUAAUAACAGAAAGUUAGAGCUCCAAGUAGAAAGCAUGCGAUCAGAAAUCAAAAUGGAGCAAGCAAAAACAGAAGAUGAAAAGUCCAAAUUAGCCACUCUACAGUUGACACACAACAGGCUUCUUCAAGAAUACAAUAAUGCACUGAAAACAACUGAGGAACUAAAAAGAAGAGAGUCGGAAAAAGUGGAUAAGGUGGUGCUGCAGGAACUGAGUGGAAAGCUGGAACUGGCAGAGAAAGCCCUGGCUUCCAAGCAGCUCCAAAUGGAUGAGAUGAAGCAGACCAUCGCCAAGCAGGAGAAGGACCUGGAAACCAUGGCUGUUCUCAGGGCUCAGAUGGAGGUUUAUUGUUCUGACUUUCAUGCAGAAAGAGCAGCAAGAGAGAAGAUUCAUGAAGAAAAGGAGCAAAUGGCAUUGCAGCUGGCAAUUCUGCUGAAAGAGAAUAAUGCUUUUGAAGAUGAAGGCAGCAGGCAGUCCCUGAUGGAAAUGCAGAGCCGUCAUGGGGCGAGAGCAAGUGACGCUGACCAGCAGGCUUAUCUCGUUCAAAGAGGAGCUGAGGAUAGAAACUGGAUGCAGCAGGAACAACAGAAUAUUCCAAUUCAUUCUUGCCCCAAAUGUGGAGAAGUUCUGCCCGACAUAGAUACACUACUGAUUCAUGUUACAGACUGCAUCAUUUAAGUGUUGACCUUUCACCUCCCCCAAACUGUUGGUAAAUGUCAGAUUUUUUCCUCCAAGAGUUGUACUUUUGUGUCAUUUGUUUCACUCAAAUAUUUUGGCUCAUUAUUUUAGGAGAAAGAAAACCAUUAUGUUCUAAAAAGGACAUUUUUUGGUGCAUUCCCACAAACUCGCAAAAUAGAAUCCUUAACGUACCACUCUUC